AUGAAGAGACCCGCGGCCGAGUUCGAGUGUCUGGCCCAGUAUGCACCCUCACACGACUUAAGCAGCUCAGUUGGCCGGUUUCCACUCCAUUCCAAGAAGCAGCAGCGGUUCCAGGCCGCCAGCGGUGCGGACGCGCUCCAGAGACUGAUGGGCGCGGCGCGGCCGGUCCAGAGCACACACGCGUCGGGAGCACGGCAGAUCGACACAGAGACCCGCUGCUACUACUGCGAUGCGCGUCCGCGGGCGACCACCUGUUGUGGGUGCGAUUCGGCGGUGUGCGACGUGUGCAGCCUCGGCGGUAGCGCGCUGUGCUUGAAUUGCCAAACGUCCACGUGA